AUGUCAUUGAAACUGGUACCACAACAAAAGGGAAUAGUCCAUACUUAUGGGUUCAACUUAACUGCAUUUGAGUUCACCACCAGUGAUUCCAAAAAAACUUCGCCAAACGUUAUCUUAUUUGUGGGUGGUUUAGGAAAUGGUCUAUUGAACGUUCCGUACUUGCCCCAAUUGGCUGAUUCUGCAAGCAAUGAAUUUCAAAGCGCAGAUGGUGGGUCCUGGAGUUUGGUCCAGGUUUUACUAUCCUCUGCAUACCAAGGUUGGGGGACCUCAUCAUUGGAUCGCGACGCGUUUGAAUUGCAAUCUGCCAUUGAAUAUUUCCGUUCAGAACGUGGUGGGAAUAGACAAAAGAUAGUGAUUAUGGGACAUUCCACUGGGUGCCAAGAUGUGAUUCAUUAUCUAACAAAAACAUUAUACAAAGAAAAUAUACCUGAAACUUCUCAGGUGCAAGGGGGUAUAUUACAAGCUCCAGUUUCGGAUCUGGAAGCUCUUCUGUCCGGUCGUGAUCCUGCCAAGUACGAAGCAUUGAUCCAAAGAGUUUAUGAAGAAUAUAUUUCUAAGGGAAGAGAAAAUGAGAUUUUGCCUCAGGAGUAUCGUAAAAUUACUUGGGGCAUGCCUACUUCUGCCUACAGGUUCUAUUCCUUGGCUAGUAAGAGAGGCGAUGAUGAUUAUUUUUCUUCUUAUUUGACCGAAGACGACUACAAAAACAGUUUUGGUAAAGUAAAUAAACCACUUCUCGUGCUUUACGGAAGCAUUGAUGAAUUUGUGCCUGAAUAUGUUGACAAGGAAAAGUUGGUCAGUAAAUGGAAACAGUCGACCCCUUCGCAGUAUUGGAGUGAACACAGUCAAAUAAUCAAAGGUGCAACACACAAUUUGGGAGAUGGUUCCGAUGCUGGUGUCAUUGAUUACUUGGUAUCAGUGGUGAAAAAGUUUAUUAGUGAUCUAUAG